AAUAGCUUUCAAGGAGAACGGACGACGGCUUCGGUAGCUGAGGCUUGCGACGCGUUUUCUGUUUGUGUGAGUGUGCGUGUGUUCAGAUUAUGCUGUAUGCUGCGCGUUUAUAGUUCCCCGUACAUGAUUUAACAUUGUAUCGCGCGACUCCGAGAGUGGUGUAUUUGACCGUUUGUUCAUUUUCGACAAAGUAUUAGCAUAACCGACCGGCAUCAUGUUUGAUGUAUUCGGAUCCGUGAAGGGUCUACUGAAGUUAGACCAGGUGUGCAUCGAUAACAACAUCUUUCGGCUGCACUACAAGGCUACCGUGAUCAUCUUGAUCGCGUUCUCGUUGCUGGUCACCUCGCGCCAGUACAUCGGCGACCCGAUCGACUGCAUCGUCGACGAAAUUCCGCUCAACGUGAUGGACACCUACUGCUGGAUCUACUCGACCUUCACCAUCCCGAACCGACUAACGGGAGUGGCCGGCAAGGACAUCGUCCAGCCCGGUGUGGCGAGCCACGUGGACGGACACGACGAGGUCAAGUACCACAAGUACUAUCAGUGGGUCUGCUUCGUGCUCUUCUUCCAAGCCAUGCUGUUCUACGUGCCCCGCUAUCUGUGGAAGACGUGGGAAGGUGGCCGCAUCAAGAUGCUGGUGCUCGAUCUCAACAUGCCGAUCAUGAACGACGACGCGAAGGAGCGCAAGAAGAUCCUGGUGGACUACUUUGCCGACAACAUCAAGGGCCACAACUUUUACGCGAUGCGGUUCUUCUUCUGCGAGGCGUUGAACUUUGUCAACGUGCUCGGCCAGAUCUACUUCAUGGACUUCUUCCUCGACGGGGAGUUCUCGACGUACGGUAGCGACGUGGUGCGCUUCACCGAGAUGGAGCCGGAGGAGCGCGGCGACCCGAUGGCGCGGGUGUUCCCAAAAGUCACCAAGUGUACCUUCCACAAGUAUGGUGCGUCCGGAAGCGUGCAGAAGUUCGACGGCCUGUGCGUGCUGCCGCUGAACAUUGUCAACGAGAAGAUCUACGUGUUCCUGUGGUUCUGGUUCAUCCUGCUCACCAUCCUGACCGGCAUCUCGCUGGUGUACCGUGCCGCCGUGAUCCUCAUGCCGAAACUGCGCCUGCUGAUGCUGCGCGCUCGCUCGCGCCUCUCACCGCACGACGAGGUGGAAUUGAUCGCGUCCAAGUGCCAGCUGGGCGACUGGUUCAUCCUGUACCAGCUGGGCAAGAAUAUCGAUCCGCUGAUCUACAAGGAGAUCAUUUGCGAUCUGGCGCAAAAGGUGGAAGGCAAGGAGAUAGUCUAAUCGAUCGUCCCACUUCGCACCACGGGCGCACUCCCGAGAGUCUCAGUUGGCGCAGCGGAGUUUGCUGAACGCCAACCCCAUGGACAACCGUGACUUUUGACGCGAUGUGAAUCACAUUGUACCCGGUUUCCUACACCCCUCCCCCAUACCGAUCCAAUCCUCCAAAAUCGACGAUACCCCCUAGCAUUUCGGAGCCUAAUCACUACACACAACAGCGCUCUGAUAUCCGCACCGAAGCCGUUCUUUUUGCACCCAUCAUCAUCACCGUCAUUCUCCUCCUUCCCUACCUAUAAGUAUAAAACUUUUCCCUUCCGGACCAGCUAGAUGGUGCACCAUCUUCGAAUCUGAUCCCUUCCGUAUACACUACAGAACAAAAAUGCCGAAUGAAUCAUUGAACCUGAACCUACUCCAUCGCCCGUUCCGGCAUGCACGGAAGGAGCAGAAUAAAGACCAAGCAACGACGAAGCAAGUACUGGAAGAAAAGGAGCAACAUCGUCCAGCAUUUCUCAGCAGAGCAGCCAACGCAAAGUGUGGCAAAGAUUCCGGUAUGCAAGGAAGGCGAAGCAGCAUCGUUUGCGAUUCGCGCGCACGUUGAAAUCGUUCGAAGAUCGUUGCGCCUUUCCUGUGUGUGCUUGAUUGCGAAGAAGAAAAGCGGGAAGCAAAGCCAAGAAACAAACUCAUCAUCGAUCCACGCGCGUACCUCCAUGCAUCCACCACCGGAGCCCAGGUGGAUGGACCAACAACAGAUGUCCGUGUCUCGCUGUCUCUCUUCAUUUCGAUACUCAUCGCUGUUGCCGUGCGGGAUAGAUCUCACUACAGAUUAUCUCCUUAGCGCGAGCUUUAGUCAUCCCUAUGGCGAAGAAAAUGCUGCUGCGUUGUCUGCGGUCUCCGUACCUUAGCUUAGUGCUGGCCGGCCUGCGAAUAAUCUCAACGCAUUUUAUCAACCUGGACGAACGCAUGGCGCAUGACGAGCUCAAUGUCCAACGUGGAUGCACUACGGGCCCAGACUAACAGUAAUCAAAUUGUCUUGUUUUAGUGCUACGCGAACGACCUGCAGUUAAACAAUGAUUUAUGGCACAUUGGAGGAUGUGUGGAUGCUGGAAAGAUCAAACGAGACGCACGUUUAAUCGUUCGUAAAACGAAUUUUCGACCGAACUCCAUCACCUUCGGAGACUGUCAUCAUCUUGACAAUCCUCACGAAACGGACACUAACAGCAUAGAGUGGAGAGGAGAGGACGACCCCGAUAAAAAAAAACGUUCAGGUUCUAAUGAGUCAGAUAAAAAUAGUAAGAAAGGCAGCGCGUACUGAAGAUCCGGCAAUUUUGAGUGAGAUAAGAUAAUGGCGCGCCAAUCGAUGUUCAACUAAGCACAUUCCGAUAUUGAAACAAACGAAAUUACUCAUUGACUGCGUAACGAUGAUGAUAGAUGUUUUUUUUCCCCGCCCGAUGUGCUCUUCCAAUCGCAUGCUGAAGAUAUAUACUGCCUUUUGACACUUUUUUCUCUACAAAUGCUAAAACACAAACACGCUAUUUUUGAUAAGGAUAUAUAAAUAGGCUUAAGUUUAAAUUGCGGAAGGGUAGAACGCAGCGUAGUGAAAUGUACGAGAAUAGAUAGAGAAACAAACAAGCAAAAACAAUACUUUACAUGAAAGUAAGAGGAUAGUGUUAGUAGUUAGCGCAGCACGUAACACGAAACGCAAUCUCUCGCACCGAUGCGGCAUGAAUAGGUAGUGUAGUGUGACCAUGUGAGCAAGCAAACGGAUUUCCAUCUUUUAAACGGGCGAUACCUGACGGUGUCGUCACUAUUACGAAAGUACUACCAUGCCAUAAGGAAGGAACGACCCGCAUGAUGGCGACCGGAGGAAAGUAAUAUUUGCAACAUGAUUUAUUUUAUCCACCGGAUUAAAACUUGUAUGACCAUUUGGUGGGAAGCCACGGCAACAGAAAGACGCAUAACCUACGAGUAUAGUAAAACGGAUAAACUCGCGCGCAAAGCAACAAGUAGCCAUUUUGAUAUGCAUUCAGUAACAUUUAAGGUGCAACAGCUGUGUAAGAGGACAGACGGAAGCUCUUAGCGUUAAAAACUCUUCGGUGCAAAGCAAAACAAUCCCUUUUUAUAUUCAUCUCCCGGGUAGCUACCGGACGACGCAACCAUACGACGUCAUGAUCGGGUGUCCCUCUGUGUGUGUAUGUGUGCUGUAGUGUGUAACGUAUUUGAAAUGGAAGUGAAUUUUAAUCGGUUUUUAAUUUAAUAUUUACUCUUAAUGCCCAUUUCGAUCGAUCUUGGAGACUUUAUUUGACGUUCCGUCGACAAAAUUACCCCCUCCCAAGCGCGGCUUUUGAUUGUUCUGCGCGAAAAUUUUCGGAAGAUAGAGUAACAAUCUCGCCCUCAGACUACAUCCGGCUGACAUGUUGGCGCUACGCGGAGGCCAGAGUCCUAAAUCCUAAAGGUAGAAACAAGGUUGGCAUUUAUUAUUUCCUAAUGGGUAUCCCCCGGCAUCGAGGUAUCAAUCCAGUUUUAAUCGAAUAUGCUUCCACCAUAUCCGCCGGCAAUGGCGCCGGGAGAGUUGGCGAUAGGAUACGAUGGAAGCUAUCGGAAGCUAAAUUUUUAAGCUCGACGGACAGAAAUAAGAGUUUCUUGUGAUAAACGUAUAAAUUAUAGAUUGUAAAAGAAGGGGGCAGUAGCAUAUUUUCCUGCCAAACCCCUAAGCUUUUUAUCCUUUUUUUUCUGUAUCAUUCUGCAUACCCCGAGCCCACUUAUUCCGAUGGAAAGAUCGAGAGCACGUGAAGGAUUUUUUGUUUCCAUUCGAGUCGUGUCCAAAAUGAAGAUAAGAUAUAAUUUUCGAAGCAAAACAAUACGACGUAAGAGUCCUAACCUAGUAGCGACGAGUGUAAAGUGUGUUAUUUGAAUCGAAAUUAUCAGGCAGUCCUUCCAUAUUCAUACAAUAAAACAAACAGUUAGAUCUAUUUCCUUUAGUUGUUAGACGACGGACCGGGAUUCGGUCAGAUCUGUUUUCAUCAUCAUUCCAGUAGGCACUUCGAGAUAGGGCGGAGGCGCAUUUAAAACAAAAAUAAAAGCAAACUAUAGUGGUAUCUAUUUUAUACACUUUUAUUAACUCGCCAAAAUUACAGAAAGCGCACGCAGAUUAUAGAAUAAACAGAGAGAUACACAAAGGGUCCAAGGUGCAGUUAAUGGUUGUCGAAUUACACAGAGAUCCCUACCCCUCUCCGGGGCCAAGCUGUGCCAAACGGAAAUGCCAUCGUAUCGAGCAUUUAACGGCCACAGGAUUAUCGCACGACAAUGCUCCGGAAGAUUUAUAUCAUUUGUUUUACCCCCCCCUGCGCACGUGUAAUAAAGCAGGGGCGGAAUAUAUUUAGCGAGACAUUAUACUAAAUUUUAUAAAAGUUUUAUACAACCCCUUUACGAGAGCACAAUAUAGGUAUUUUGUACUAAACGAUAAAGUUUAAAGAAAUAAAAACAAAAGGCAAAAAGACAAUCAUUUUAAGGCAACGAAAAACUCUUGUAAACUUUCGAUGAUGAGGUAACUAUAGGAAUGGAACAAACAUGUAAAGAACCUACACAGCACAAGCGUCAUCAAUCGGGGGAACACGAGCGUGUAGAAAGUGGCGUGACUUUCGCUCGAACCCGAACUACUCUUCUCUCACAGUGCCUUUGGAUUUGGAGAUAGAUUUUGCUUAAAUAAAACUCACGUAUGCUAUUGCAAA